AUGGCGUCCAUACCAGUUAUUGUAAAGCACCAGGGCAAGAAGCACGAGGUCGAGGUCGACACCACCUCCAACGGCGAGACAUUCAAGUACCAGCUCUUCUCCAUCACCGGCGUCGAGCCUGAGCGCCAGAAGAUCAUCGUCAAGGGCGGACAACUCAAAGAUGACGCCGACAUGGCUAAACUGGGCCUCAAGCCCAAUCAGACCCUCAUGAUGAUGGGCACCCCUUCUGGCGACGCCAACGUCAUCGAGAAGCCAAAGGAGAAGAUCAAGUUUCUCGAGGACAUGGAUGAGGCCGAGGCCGCCCAACGGGAGGGUGCAACGCCCGCUGGCCUGCAGAACUUGGGCAACACUUGCUACAUGAACUCGACGCUGCAGACUCUGCGAUCCAUUCCAGAGCUCCAGGAGGAACUCCUUCGCUACAAUGGAAGCAACGAGGCUGGCUCGUCCAGCUCUGCGCAGGCACUCAGCCGACUGGGCCUCAGUGGCCUGGGCGCCUCGACCGAUCUCACUGCAUCACUACGCGAUCUCUUCAAGCAAAUGUCUGAGACGCAGCAAGGCUUCCCUCCGCUCAUGUUUCUCAACGCGCUCCGAACCGCCUUCCCGCAGUUUGCUCAGAAAUCAAAAGAUGGACACUACGCACAGCAAGAUGCAGAGGAGGCCUGGUCGCAGAUAAUAUCGCAGUUACGCCAGAAACUGAAGCGCAAAGAUGAAUCGCAGGCAGAUGCUGGCGAUCAGUCGUGGAUCGACAAGUACAUGGCUGGUAAAUUCGAGUCGGUCAUGGAAUGCGACGAGCCCGGUGCAAAGGAGGGCGGCGAAGAGCCGAUCAAGAGCGAGGAACUGUUCUUCAAGCUCAACUGUCACAUCAGUGUCGAAACCAACCACCUGCGAGAUGGUCUAGCUGCGGGCCUAAAAGAGCAGAUUGAAAAACGCUCCGAGGUCUUGGGUCGCAAUGCUCUCUACACAAAGACAGCACGCAUUGCACGGCUACCCAAGCAUCUACCCAUACACUUCGUUCGCUUCGAUUGGCGGCGAGACACCAACAAGAAGGCAAAGAUCAUGCGCAAGGUGACCUUUCCGGAGGAACUGGAUGCCUUGGAGUUUUGCACAGAUGAUUUGAGGAAAUUGCUGGUUCCUAUUCGUGACAAGAUCCGCGAGGUUCGCAAGGAAGAGGAGGACGUCGAGCGUGCGCGCAAGCGACAAAAGCGCAUGAGGGCAGGCGAAGAGAAUGAUGCCGGACCAUCACUCAGCACCAAAGAGCCAUUGCAAAAGAAGAAGGAAGCCGAGCAGAAGAAGGAGGACGCAAAGAAGCCAGAGGAUACUGAAAUGGCCGAGGUCGAGUACAAGACCGACGCCCAGGUUGAGGCGGAACGUGCCGAGUCCAUCUUGAAAGCCAAGAAGGAACUCCUUGCUCUUGUAGAUCCCAAAAUGGCCGCGGACGAGGGCGCAAACCAGACCGGUCUCUACGAGCUGAGAGGCGUCAUUACGCACCAGGGCGCCAGUGCUGAUAGUGGCCACUACACCUCUUUCGUGAAGAAGCAGGGUCCUAAGGAUCCGGUCACGGGCAAGCGCAAAGAAGAAGAUGGCAAGUGGUGGUGGUUCAACGACGACAAGGUCUCCGAGGUGGAUGCUGGGAGGAUUCAGACUUUGUCUGGAGGAGGCCAAAGUCACUCGGCUCUUAUCCUCUUGUAUCGCGCUGUCCCUCUGCCCACGGUUGACGAGGAUGUCAAGAUGAGCGAGGCCUAG